UGGGGGGGAACCUUGUGGCAAUAGUGAGACUCCAGUUGUGUUUUUUUUCCCCUUCUUGGCGAAUAUGUAAUAUGAAACUUUACAUCUCCAGGAUACUAACAACAAAAAGGGAGAGUGCCAGCACGCACGCACGCACACGCAGGCAGGCAGAGAAAGCAGCUGGCUGUCAGUAACAAGGAUAAGAGAAACAGAGGAGGGAGAUAUGCGUUGAGAAUCAAAAAUGCAACGGAAGCUGACAUGAAAGAGCAGUGACAGAAAAAUACAAAGGACAGAGAAAACAAAGUUCUUCAACCCCGCUGGAGAAAAGCUCUUCUCAAACAGAAUCACAGAGGAAGACUGAUCUGUUCAACUUACAGUUGUAUACAGAGUUCAACGUCGCGAGGGAGAUUCUGUUGUCAUUCUUUCCUGGUAUCUGGAGGCAAUCAAGGUCUGGAUGGGAGUGAGCACACUGAAGCUGAAUCCAAUGCUGCAAGCUGUGGACUGAGAACAGCAGAAUGUCUUUCAAAGAAUUUCAGAACGAGCUCAGUACUAUUGGCUACAAAUUAUGGCUUAAGCUCCAGAGACUACCCAAAGCUGACCCGCUGGAGAUUGUCUGUUUUUUUAUUAUUAUCUUAUUCAUUGUUACGAUGCUUUCAAUGAUGAUUGUAGCUUGCAGCUUUUGCUGCAGCUGCUUCUACGACGGAAAACCAAAAGAGAAGGCCAAAAGGACUGAGGUUCAGCCUGAAGAUGAUUUAUAAAACUGAAUUUAAAAAAGAAUACAGAAAUCGGGGAAAGACUUGGAAUGACUCCAACAUGGUAUACCAAUCCAUGGAACAUAAUGGUAAAUGAGGAGAUAAAGUAAGAGAAAGACAGAGAAAGAGAGAGAAGGAAAAAGAGAUUGAACCUGAACAUUGGACUCUUUUUAUGACAUGGCUUUUGACAUGUUGAAGAUGCACUGUUUGCAGUAGUUGUCUCCCCUCAACCUAUCAAGAUAAUACAAUUUUAAAAAUUCCAAAUGUAGAAUCUGGUCAAACAUGAAGAAGAAAGUUACACCAGAUUUCAUUUCCACAUUACAGCUGGAGAAGCCCCAGAGAGAUCAAGAUAUAUGCAAGCAUUCAGCAGAAUGCUGAAGCAUGGUUUCCCCUCUGCUCAAUUAUUUAAAGCUAAGUUAACCAGACAUGAUAUCUAAGCAAGUUAUGCAUUCAGAAAAUGAUGCAGGUUUGAAGAUGACAAACGAGUUCAAAGACAGCAAAGAAAAGCAGCAACAAAUUCUCUAGUCUUCCUUCCCUCCUUAAUAAAAAAAUAAACAACUGUCAAAGAGAGUACAUAUGCUGUAGCUGCUGUAUACCCAAGGAAAACUGAAGGGAUACGAUAAUGCUCACAAUGCUAUAUUGUUUCUUGUCUUUAAAAAAUACUGCCUUUUUUUAAAUGUUUUGAUGUCUUCUGUUUAAACUUUGUAUAUGACAAAUCCUUAACUCAAAGGAAAGGGAACAAAAGAAUCACUUGACUUUAUGUUGGGCGUAAGAAUUAUAUAUGUCCUCUAUGAAUCCUCUUAUGAAUAAUUUAUAGUUGUGGUGGGUUCAUGUUAUAUUUAAGGCAAUUAAAAUAUACCAAAGGGGAAAAAGGCAACUCUUGGAUUAUACUCAAAGAGGAGGCAUGAUAACAGGAACUCUUCCAAUCAUUCAGUGAGGUUUCCAGUUUAAUCCUUUUCUCCCUUCAUUAGGAGUCUGUGUUUUAAAGUGAAUUUAUACAGAGAGAUCAGAUAAGGUACAAGCGAAAGCAGGUUUCACUCAGGAAAUGAGAGCAACAGCUGGACAACAGCAUUAUGCUAAAUGGUACAGCAAAAACAUAACCAAGAAUGAGCUACCCAGCUACAACUUACAAUAGAGUAUAAAUCCCUUUCCAAAGAGACACUUUCUGCUUCAAUCGAUUUCAAAGAGGGUUACAUGUGCACAAAAGAGAAUCAAUGGCACUUGACCUGUGUAAAUCGAAAUAGAAAAGUUGGUGGUGGAUAACAGUAUAUCUGCUGUUCUUUAGAGAUAUUGGACUAUCUAUAUCUGUCAUCACCCACAGUUAGACUGCUAAGACUCCUAUUGUGGUAAUAGAUAACUAUCUCAUUUACCCCAAAGCAAUUUGACUCUGAAUUUAACGUGAAAUAGGAUUACCUAUUACCACAAUACACAAUCUCAUAGCUACCUAGUAAUAUCCCAUGAAUCCACAUUUCUGAAUAAUAUAGAUUAAUAAACCCUUUUUCUGGUUCAGCACUUUAAAUAUGCUGAAUAUAUAUGCCAUACCUCAAUUAAAACUGUAUACCUUUUCGACUAAACCUUAGAACAAUGUACCAAUUAUAUAUUGUGCCUGCAAAUAUUUAAUUCUUCCAAAUUUCUGCAGUCCCAGGCAAGUUGCAAAACCAAAUUUAUCAAGCAUCCAACCGAGUUGUCCUGAAAUGUUGCUGCAUUAAGGUACAACUGAAGUUGUUUUUCAUAGUGGAAGGACGAGAAACUUAUGGCCCAGACAUUUAGAACUAUAAUUGGGAAGAACCUCAAUCAACAUAAGUAAAGAUGAGAGAUUCAGGGUGCUGCAUUUCAGCAACAUCUGCCAGCAAGUUCUAUUUCUAUAUGCGAUGAAGAGUGAUGAAAAGCCUUCAGUAUAUUUAUUCUGGGUGUGCACUGUUUCAGAAGUCACUCCCUUGUGCAAAUGACAGGAAUAAGAAAACAGCUUCAACAACCACAGAGACACAGAGAUUAACUUGAUUUCAAACAUGGCUGCUUUUUUAUAACUGCACAGCUGCCAGACUGUGGAGAGAAUAAGUUAGCCACACAAAAUGAUCCCAUAGCCAAAUCAUUGCCCAGCAUUUCCAACAAUACAAUGAUAGUGCGCUACAGAAAAAAAAUAUGUACAAUAUCCUGAAUCUCCAUUGAUACUAUAAUAAAUUUAAAUCAAGUAUUAUACUGGAAGAAAAUGCUGGAUUAAAAGAAACUGAAACCAAUGGUAGGCCAAAACAACUGUUUUUAAGGAUUAGGGAGGCAGUCUUGUAGGAGAAAGUAUUCAACCUUUUUACUGGACACAUCUGCUUUUCUCACAAAUCUGUUAAAGAGAUUUUUUGGGGGGAGGAGCAAAAGUGUGUGUUGUAUUGAGAAAGUCCUUGCAAAGAAAAAAAUAAGCAUCUUUUUUGAAAUACUAGUUCCACCGUCUUCAAUGAAGGCAUGUGAAACAAUUAAUACUUUCUUUCUGAAAGAAAAGUCUAGUGUGUAUUUAUUUGUCAUCAUUCACACCUUCAUUUUGGGUGAAUUACUAUGGCUUUAAACUUCUAUAAAGUAUUUAUUGCUUUAACAUGAAGUUAUAAAACACAUUCAGCACCAAAAGCUAAAUUACUACCAUAUUCUUUAUAGAAUAUAAACAACAAUUGCCUGCUCAAGAAGGAACCUAUGUAUGAAAAUUUAUAAUGAUUUUAGAUGAAAAAUUAAUAAAACAAUCAACUUCUUUCUACCAUAGAAGUAAAUAAUAUAUGAACCUGGGUCUCUCCAUUCUCAUCCAGAAUAUUUACUGCAAAUGCCACUUUUAUUGUAUCUUUAUAAUGCAUAAGAAAAUAGAUAGCCCAGGACCAAAAUUUAUUCCCCAACAAAUAGAAAAAUAGGGGGGGGGGGGGAAAUUCCAAGCAAAUUAGAUUUUUUUUCCAGAGUGCUUUUUCUUGUAGUUAUGAUAAAUUCUACUCAGUUUUGGAGGUAGAUUAAUGAUGGCGAAAAUAAUUUUACAGCAGUAUUUAUAACAACAGAAUUGCAAAUAAACCUGUCCCCUAUAAACUUCUGUAUUGGAGGAGAAAUAAUCUAUUGGUUUGUUAAUGAUUUACUAAAGAACAAAUACCUAUAUUAGAUAUUCUGUAUUUGCAAUUCACAUAAGUGAAAUAAGGUAUUUUAGCAGACAGGAGUGCAUUUGGUAGACUUUCACAGAAACAAACCACAUCUAGUAUAGACAAAAUCUAUUCAAAGGUAAGAACAGAGUCAUUCUUUUUGUUUUGUAUUCUCCAAGUGUAUUAAAAUUAUUACAACUAAAUGGCUAUUUUAUAAGGAUUUGAGAUUUGAAGCAAUUGCUGUUGGCAAAGUUAUCACCAUUUUAAAGGAAAUGCUUUCCAAAAGUCCUGAAAGGUCACAGAUAAAUUUUUAGAAAGGUUUUUGUUGUUUCUAUAUGUAUCGGCUGAAUGUAGUAAUAAAUAAAAUAUCCUUUUAAAAUAAAAUGUGUAGUACUAUAAGGAAGCUUCAGGUAAAUGGAGUCACUAAUGUGCAGAUAAAUGACAACAUUUCAAACAUUCAGACUGAGUAUGCCCCUAUAAUAGAGAAAUUAUUUACAUUUUACUUCGCCCCUUUUCAUUCCAAACCAGAUUUAAGGCAAAAUUUGGAAAGCAAGACUAAUUAUAAACAGGCUGAAUCCAGCUAAUGUUUAAUUUUCAGUCUUUAAUCAGUUCACUUUACAUUUGCUGAUUCAAUGAAUAAUUCAUAUGUUUUUUCAAUGAAAACAAAUCAGGGAAAUUACUGUAAAAGUAAAAGUGGCUUUAAAAUGUUGCCUUUUUAAAAAAUGACAUUUCAUACUAAGAUAAUUAGCCAUGUCACUUUCACUUAAAAAUUGAAAUGCUAAAUACAAGAAAUUUCUGUUUGAAAGUUAGAACAUUAACAUUUGUCAGACACAGGAAAAAUUAUGCCCAACAAUAUCAGCUGACAGCCUGAAUUCACUAUUGUUAUUUGCAAGGAGGGUAAAAAAAUAGCUGAAUUGCUCACACAUCCUAGCACACAUCACAAUGUACUAUGUCAUAGUUGGUUUAAACAUGGUUUUUUGAAUAAACCAGAAUAGUUUAUUCUGAAUAGUUAAACCAUAGUUGGUUUAAACCAGGUUUUUUGAAUAAACACAUUAUUGCUUAGUGCAAUGUGAAAUACAGUUAGCAGGUCUUCACAUUAUAAGUUCAAAUAGUAGCAGAGUUUAGUUAGCAGCCAAUCAACUUUUGGCAGUCUAUAUCAGACAUGUCCACACUAGCAAGCAAUCAGAACAGUACUUCAAUUCAUUUUUUCCUCAGUCUAUCUGUGAUCACCACAAUAUUAUAGGGCAACAUGUUCUGCAGCUUAGCUCGGAAUGUGACAAGUAACGAGAUUAAAUAUCCUGGCUGUCAGAAGGAGAAUGUUAGCAAAAUAUGACAUGCCUUCAGAAUGACGAUAUUUGCUAGCUUUCCUAGCCUGGCAAAUGUGAUAAUUCUUGCAGUGGUUCAGAAGGUCCCCCUCCAAAUUAUGUGAUUUGCAGAGGGAGCCUUCCAAACCUUAGCAAGAAUGGAGCCCACUUGCAGAAUGGCAUGAGGAGGUCCUGGUAGGGAGGUUGUGCCUUGCGUUUGCUGGGUACAUCUGUCAGCAGCUGCAGAAAAAUGCAAAGGCUAAUGCACCCUAGUGUGGUGGGGCAGGGAAGGGACCUGGGCUUCCCAGAUGUGUGAGAAUGUGAGAGCCUCCUAGCCUGCAGCAAAUUUUCAUGAACCGGUCCGCAAUAUGGUUUCCCCACUACCUGAGGCACCCCACACGCCAGUAAACGACCCACAGAAUCACUUAUUGACUGUAACUGGGAGAGCCUAAAAUGCGGCCAUUGAGCACGGUCACAUGGGUAUCUUGCUUAAUGACUGCUUGGUUCAACAAACAAAAUUCCCAUCCCAAUUGUGGUCAUAAAACAAGAAUUACUUCUAUCUAGUGACCUUAUUCCUUUUUUUCAUACAUUUUUUAUUAGUUUAUCUAAUUAUAAAAUACAAAAAGAAAAUUUAAAAAGUUGUAAAAAACUGGGAGGAGGGGAAAAGAGAAAAUAUGGAGUAAAGAGGCACAAGAAAAAGGCACCAACUUCCAACACUCUCUAGCACAGAAGAUAGCAACAUUACAGCCUCAACUUUUUACUUGUAAACAACAGUAUAUACUCGCUGUUUCUAUAGCAACAAACCUAUCUAAUCAGCAAAAACAAAAUCAGUUUCAUUUUUCCCCCCCAUUGCAAGCACAAAAUCCGGAAGCAAUUUCCAAACAGAAACAAAAUUAAAUAUAUUUUCUUCUUUGGAUAAGAAUCAAUUUAACCAUCUCUGUUUCUUCUUGCUGUGGGAAAUAGUAUCUAAGACUUUAUUCCUGUAGCCAUCUCUAAGCACUUCUACAGGUUGCCUUUGACACAUGACUAUAAUAGAGCCAACCCAUUAUGGUUGCAAGUUGUAAUGGUUGCAGUCACAUGACUGACCCAAUUUUGUUUUUUUGCAGUGGUUUUUAAGUGAACAAUGUGGCUAUAAGUACAAAUUCUGCAGUCAUUAAGCAAAUCCAUUUUUUUUGCUAUGCAUGAUUUUGCCGAAAACUGGAAGUGCCUUUUUUAUUUUUUUGGCAACACCUGUGUUAAAUGCAGCCAUGCGACUGAGAGAACCUGUAAUUUGCUGUAAAAGCAACCAUGUUGCCAAGCGCCCAAAAUUUGCUCACAUAACCAAUGAGGGGCUUUGAUUGUUGGAAGUUAGAAUCUGGAUCAUAGGUAGCCUGAAAGUAGGUCCAUUGUAACUUUGAACAGUCGCUAAGCAGCUGGUUGUAAGUUAAGGACUACCUGUAUUGUUUGAGAAUUGCUAGCCUGGAAAGAACUUUGACUGCAGAAUUUUUUAAAACAUUGUCAAUUAAAUAAGUGUACAUAUACAUUGUCAUUUCCUGCAUUCUUCAGGGCCUGGAAACAAUGCCAACUGCAAAUCAAGCAGCUUUUCAAUUUCUAGAAGAUAUGAAAACACGGAUUCUGUCGGAUGAUUGGGUUCUUGGGGGACUAGUGGUGAUAGUUUCAUUCUUCACUAUCAUCAUUGUCCUCAUUUUGUUUGCUGUGAUCUUUGGCUGCUGUUCAACUGAAAGGAGAAACUAAGUUCUGGGUAAAUCAUGAGAGCACUUGCCUUUACGGUAUUUUAACUACAGAGUGACUGAGCAGUGUAAAGAGCUGCUGCUUCUUGCUGUUUUAUCUUUUGAGUUUAGAAAUGAAUGUAUCAAAGAAGAAACUGGUGCUGCUAAAGCACAAAACCAACUAGCAUCUGAGGGCUGAUUCCAAGUGAAGUUUGCAAUAAGCAACCAUAUUUCUGCUGUGUUUUUGAUGCAAGGAUGGUGUCUAUUUGCAUUCAAUCUCUCAAAAGGCCAGUUUUAUACUUCAGAACAUGCCUAAUUUUUCUGAAGAUCAUUUACUUAACUUUUUUCUCUAGCAAACUUUUUAAGUGUGAAAGGACCUGACAGUUGGCCUGUUUACAGCAUCUGUUACGUCUAAAAUCAAUGUUAUGAAUAAAAAAAAAUCAAACUGUUAUUUAAAAUAAAGAAUAGCCCUAGUCCUUUAGACAAUCUAUUUUGUUGUCCAAGUAAAUACACUGUAACAUUUUUCAUAUAGCAUAUGUACAAAUUCUUACAUACACAAGAUGGAUUAUCUUUCAUGGGUACUUAGAUGCUACAUCUGAGUUUUACACAGGGCCAUGGUAAAUGUUGUUCUCAUGAAAAUUUUCACCAACAAUUUGGAGGUAUUAUGGAUAGUUAGGAUUAUUUCCAUAAGAAACAAUGAAAACAUUCUCAUUCUAAUGGGCCUCAACUGCCACUCAUACAAUAUGUAGCCAAAUCUACAUAUUAUCCCAACCAAUAUGAAACCUAGAACCACUCAAGAAUAAAAGGAAAAAAAUGACCUAAAGCAGUCAUAGAGAUAAGAAAAAGCAUGUUAUUAGAGUAAUCUACAUUCUCACCUGUACAAUAUUCAGGCAACUGCCAUAAAAAUUAGGGUUGGGCAGCAAUUCAAAGGAUAUGACACAUUUGAGUCACAGAUGAACGUACCAACUGCCUGAAAUAGUUUAAGCUAAAUGUGAAUUUUCCUGGGUUUACAUGCCAGCUGUAGAAGGCAGCUGGGUGGCCCCAGGAAAAGAUGCAGUUGCUUCGAAGUGUUCCUAACAGGUGUAAAGUAUACAUACAGGUAGCUGCUGAUUCAGAUUUGCUCUUUAAUUCAGAUCACUGCCCUAAUGAAAAGUAUUUAGCUAAGGAUCACUCCAAGUCACUGAAGGACAAUUUGCUUUAUGUUGUCUUUUCUACAUGUAGAGUAUAUGAAAAAUCUUUCCCCCAAUUAUCUUUUCUAUGUGUGUAUGAAAAAUCUAUUCCUUUUCAAGCAGUGUGACAGAGUAGGCAUAAUACCUGACUAAAACCAGGGACAUCAAGUCUAUAGUUGACCACAGAAUAUUGAGUAAUGUUGCCCAGAUAGUACAUUUUCUACUUUUAUUGUAACCUGCUUCAAAAAAGGUAAGGUGAAUACAGAACCAUAUUCUACCUUAAGCCCUGGGACGAAAACAUACAAAAUAAAUGAAACACCAAUAGCUAUACAAAUAAACCCCCACUAUUCCAAGAUUUAGGUAACAACUCCCCCAAAAUAAUUUAUUUCAAAAUAGAUCAACUCAACUUACAAAUCUUAUUCAACCCUGAAAUGGAAGUAAAGUAAAUAUAUGAAAUGACACAAUGAGCAACAACUAUUCAAGAAUAAUAUAAACAAAAUGUUAUUAUCUUCUUGUAACCUUAUUCUACCACAACAGUUACCAUCAUGUAGGCAACUUGGGCUGAUCUUGAAAAAGUAAAACAGUGUAAUACUUGGUCAGCAUUUGGAUGGAAAGCCACCAGGUAAUGAGAAGCUGUGGAGUCCUUGGUGAUCUUUAAAUUUGGUUGUUUGCUUGCAAACAUGUCAUUAUCUAACUAUUUGAGCACUGAUUAUGUUACCUAUUUGGUAAUGAAAUAUCUGCAAGCAAACAACCAAGCUUACAGAGCACCUAGGACUCUAUAGUUCAACUUCAAGCAACAUACAUUCUUUUCUAUUGAAAUUUGAAGUUGUAGGCUAGAUUGGAAAGUUGAAAAAAAAAAUCCUGGAAGAAACCAAUGGUAAGCUCAAGCUAUUGUCAAAAUAACUACGCAAAUACAACCAUAAAAUCACAAAGUCUUGAGUUUCUCCAUCCACAUAUGAGCCUCAGUCCUGCCCACCAUUAUUGCCUGGCAUCUCUAUAGUACUACAUUAAAUCCCCUCUAGAAAUCCAACAAUGGCACACUAGGCUACAGACAAACCUAUAUUUUCCUAUGUUUAGCAUCUAUACAUUACUGUCUUAUUGCAAAAGUAAGUUCCUUAUGGCUCCAAAAGCACAAUUUAUUUUAAAUAUAGAAUUUAUUUUUGCACAGGUUGUAAUUUCUACACUAAUUACUGAAUACUGCAGCUACUAUUUUAAAUAAGGAACAUCAGUAACUAUGGAACAUCCAAUUUAGUUUUUCAUCCUCAAGCUGUUAGGCUUCACACCUUCUUUUUUUUCAAAGAAGAGAAGCUUCCCAAAAAUGGUAAUAUAGAGGGCAGGUUUCUCACAGAUCUUCUAAAGAAAAAACCGAUAGAACACAGGCCUAUUGUGCUACCAGCCCAACCUUAGUCCUGCCCAUCUUAUCAAAUAAUAAAAUUACUACAUUAUAUAUAUGUAUGUGUGUGUGUGUGUGUGUGUGUGUGUGUGUGUAUAUAUC